AUGCCUCAAUUUUUUACUGACUUGCUGUGCAUUGGCAUGGUUGUAGGCCUAUUUAUCGGGAAGAAGCAGCCUUCGUACUUUAUGGAGGCUGCCACUGUUCGUUCAAUUGCCGUUCGCACCACCGGGAAGCGCAUCAAAAGCCAAGACAAGAGAUAUGCAUCCACUGCACCUUGCAGUUCGAUGGGCAAAAACCGACGCGGCCCAUCGACGUCAAAAGAUGCGCUGCCGUGUGAUCAAUCGGAUGGUCUCGAACAAUCGUGGCUCCUUCCUGGAAUAUCUUCCGUGUUAUACCGAAAGAGCGAGAAGGGAUUCAUUGUGCAUGAAGACAACUACGCUACCCCAUCCAACGGGCGACUGGCAGACCGAAAACCAGUAAAUCAAGCGCAAGAUUCAACCCCUUCAGUGAUUCGCAUCGUUGCAUAA